AUGGUUAAACUAUUAAAGGAAAAUAAAGAUCUAACUUCUAAAAACUUUCUAAACACGCUAAAACAUGGAUUUGUACAAAAGAAAAAAAAUCAAAAAUCCAAACAAACACCAACUGGAAAAGUUGUAUUGAUUGAUGAAUCGAAACUGUUAGAUAAUAACAGCAUGGAAAAUAAUACACCUCAGAAAAUGGAUAAAAGAUUAAAAAAGAAAAAUAUUAAAAAACAAGAAAAAUCUACAAAACAAUUAAAAAAAAAGAAUUCAAUAAAAGCCAAAGAGAAUGAAUCUGAUUUAGAUGACAUCAAUGAAGGAAUUGUAUUACAAGAUAGCAUAAUGGAAAAUAGUGAUGAAAGUCAAUCAUCUGAUGACAGUGAAAGCGAAGAAGAAAGAACCUUGUCAAAUAUUCUUGGAACCAGUCUAGCUGAUGAAUCUGAUGAGGAUGAUGAAGAUUAUAAAGACGACAAGGAUGUACAAAUAAAGAAAAGAGUAAAAAUGUUUGGUGGAAUAAAAUCAAAUAAGAGCACUGAUUUCAUUGAUAAUGUAGAAGAUUUUACAACUGAUGACAGCGACGAUGAAGAUAAAGCAGAUAGUGAUAAUAGUUAUGAUGAAGAAGAUGAGGAACUAGGGGAGGAAGAAGAGGAUAAAGAAGCAGAGAGUGAAGAAGAAGAUGAGGAAUCAGAAAGUGAAGAAGAGGCUAAUGAAUCUUUGAGUCUAAAAGUACUUUUGGGUAAUAGUAUUGUUGAUGAUGAUGAUGAUGAUGAUUUUAUUGAGCCAACUGAUAAUGAUGAAGAUGACGAUAUAAGUGAUGAAGAAGAUGAAGAAUCAGAGGAAGAAAAAGUUGAAAAAAGUAAUUCAAUAAAUAAUUCUGGUGAAGAGGAUUCUUACUUAGAAGAUUUAAAAAAAGAUAAACGAACAAUUUUUGUCAAUAACCUCCCAAAGAAUAUUACAAAAAAAAAAGUAGAGAAGUUAUUUAAGAAAUUUGGGAAAAUUGAUACUGUACGUUUAAGAGGUAAAAUACCAAAAUCUUUAAAUAUACCAAAACGAACUGCAGCUAUCACGAAUGAUUUACAUUCUAAAUUGAAAUCAAUUUAUGCAUUUGUUAAAUUUGAAUCUGAAGAGUCUGUUAAAAAAGCUUUGUCUGUAAAUGGAGAAAUAUUUGAAGGAAAUUAUUUACAAGUGCGUGCAAGUCACAAAUCAGAUAAUGACUAUGAUCCAAAAAAAGCUGUAUUCAUAGGAAACUUACAUUUUAACAUUGACAUUAAUACAAUUAGGAAACAUUUUAAACAGUGUGGUGAAAUAGAAUCUGUGAGAAUAGUUCAAGACAAAGACAGUAGAGUUGGCAAAGGAUUUGGAUACGUUAAUUUUAAGAGCAAAGAUGCUGUUGCAUUAGCUUUAGAACUUAAUGGCACCACCAUUUUAAAUAGAGAAGUUAGAGUAAAACCAUAUAUUGACCAAAAUAAAAACAAAGAAAGAAAACAUGGAAAGAGAGCAUAUUCCGCAGAAGAUAGUCACAGUUUUUUAUAUAAAAAAUCAAAGAAUAAUGCACAAUUACCAGUAGAAGUCCAUAGUAAAGAAAAUGCUAAAAAAAGAAUAAUAAAGCGAAAACUUGAAAAAACAGAAAUUAGUCCACAACAAGAAAAUAAGUUUCAAGGCCAAAAAGCUGAUGGAAAUCAAAAGGAAAGAAAAAAUAAAUUGGACAAAAAGAAGAAAUUUCUCGCAGAAAAACUUAUGGCUAAGCCUAGGAAACCACUAAAUUAA